UUCAGUUUGAAGCAGGAAGUUCUAAUUUAGUACUGACGAAGGUAGAAGGGGAGCUAACGUUAUCAAGACUGCUGUCGGAGGGCUAACCGGUCUUGCAGCAAUAUGUUGCCGACCACCUCCUACACCCCCCAGAGCCAUGGCAACGGUAGCCUGGGCUCCCGUGAUUCUGUUCGCCACACGGCGGGCGCCAAACGCUACAAGUACCUGCGACGGCUUCUCCACUUCAAGCAGAUGGACUUUGAUUUUGCCAUCUGGCAGAUGCUCUACCUGUUCACCUCGCCACAGAGGGUGUACCGCAACUUCCACUACCGCAAGCAGACCAAAGACCAGUGGGCGCGAGACGACCCGGCUUUCCUGGUCCUUCUCAGCAUCUGGCUUUGUGUGUCCACCAUUGGCUUCGGGCUCGUUCUGGACAUGGGCUUCGUGGAGACGCUCAAGCUGCUUCUGUGGGUGGUGUUCAUCGACUGCAUCGGCGUGGGGCUACUCAUCUCCACUCUCAUGUGGGUGAUCACCAAUAAGUACCUGAUAAAGCAGCCCUGCAAGGAUUAUGAUGUGGAAUGGGGCUAUGCCUUUGAUGUCCACCUCAAUGCCUUCUACCCUCUGCUAGUCAUCCUCCACUUCCUGCAACUCUUCUUCAUUAAUCAUAUUGUAGUCAUCAAUUCCGACUGGUUUGUGGGUUACUUUGUGGGAAACACCAUGUGGCUGAUCGCCAUUGGAUAUUAUGUCUACAUCACCUUUCUAGGCUACAAUGCGUUGCCGUUCCUGAAGAACACCGUAGUGCUUCUCUACCCGUUCGCCCUACUCGGCCUCAUCUACGUCCUGUCUGUCUGUUUGGGCUGGAACUUCACCAAGGGCCUCUGCUGGUUCUACAAGUACCGGGUGCAGUAGGAGGGUCCCUGGACUGCCCCUGGUCUGCCCCAGGCCAAGCUGGGCCACUCAAAGACUCUCUGGGGACCAGCAGAAAGACCUGCUUUCGCUGUUUUUCUUUUUUUAGAGAGGGCCUGUGUGUGCCGUGAUUUUUGUACAUCAUGUAAAUACUACUGUGGUUGUAGAUACAAAGGUGAAAAAAGUGAUGAUGGAUUGUUUAUAAGAUUUUGGUUGUUUCUUUUUAACUUGGCAAGAAGAUAUUUCUGCUUGAUGAGAUGGAGGAGCAGAAUAUCAGUGGUUGACUUGCAUUUGAUGACUUGCGUAUGAUCAGGACAGGCCUGAGACAGUUUUCUGGUACAUUUUUUUCCUCAGAUUGUACAUUCCCAAUUGUCUAUCACAGCACCUUCAAUAAAGGGUUUCCUUUUUUACAGUU